AUGGAGAUAGAAUUUCCUCACCAGACCUAUAAGGAAAUGCUCUUGGAUAAGCAAGAAAGCAACCUAGCUAACUACUAUGACAUGGAACACCAAUCAAUCCCGCAAGGGAUUAAGGGAAAACACAUUGAAGGAUCCAUUCCCCUAUCACCAGAAGAUAAGGAAAGACUAUACAAGCCAUGGAAAUUCUCAGUAAUCAUCAAGGUCUUCAAAAGAAAGAUGCCUCAUCAUAUGCUACGCUCCAAACUAAUUGACCUAUGGAAGCCAUCCGAACAGUUAAUCUUUAUUGACCUAGGAUGGGACUUGUUCAUAGUGAAAUUCAGCUUAGAGGAAAGCAUGGUGAAAGCACUACAUCUUGUCCCAUGGUUUGUAUCUGGCCAUUUUCUGUCCGUUCGUAAAUGGGAACCAAAAUUUGUUCCACAGGAAGCCACUCUUACUACCACUGCCAUCUGGAUAAGAUUACCCCAACUACGAACGGAAUUCUAUGACACAGUCAUCCUGGAGAAAGUUGGGAGGAAACUAGGUAAACUACUGAAGAUAGAUCAAUGUACUUCUUCCACGCUAAGGGGGAGAUAUGCACGCAUCUGCAUCCAAGUUCCACUUGAAUCACUAGUGGAAACAUCAGUGAUCAUUGGAGACCACAGGCAGUCAGUAAUUUACGAAGGUGAUGGAACUUUAUGCACCAGUUGUGGUAGGAUAUGCCACACGCCCCUAAGAUGUUCAUACAAUCAACGUCCAGCCACAACAGCCAACGCAUCACAAGAACACCACCCAACGGACCUCCCACCGGAGGAGAGCCAAUGGAAGACUGUCACAUUCCCAAGAAGACGCAAACAGGGACAACAAUAA